AUGAAAUAUCAAGCGUCACUAUUGAAAGGAGCCUAUGAUCUCUCUUCCUUCACCUUUUUCAAGCGCAGCUCUGUUCAGGAUUUUAUAAUUUUCACCGCCAAGCUACUCGUCGAGCGCGCGAAUAAGGGCACCCGAACGACGGUUGCAGAACAAGAAUACCGUCUCCACACGUACGCAGUAAUCAAAAGCGAUAGGGAGUGCCACUACGACCAACUGCCGGUGCAGCUGACAAAAUGGCAAAACCCAAGUACAUCCGAUGCGAUGACGCGUGUUCAGGAAGAAGUGGAAGAGACAAAACUUGUCAUGCACAGCACGAUCCAAGCGCUACUCGACCGCGGCGAGAAACUCGACGAUCUGGUGUCAAAGAGUGAAACGUUAUCUGAACAGAUUGAUUCGUUGAUGAUCGUCGACACGGCCGUCCCCUCGCUGCCCGCUAAUGCCUUCCAGGGCUUCACCAUUCUUCGAUUGGCUCUGAACAGGAAUACCUUGAGCAACAUCGACGACAAUGCGUUCAACGGUGAGCUUCUCGAAUCGCUCGUCGAGCUCGACCUCGGCGACAACAACCUCGGCCAAGUCCCCCAGACCGGUGUCACCAAGCUCCAGAAUUUGAGGAAGCUCUACCUGUACCGCAACAAGAUCUCCAACUUGCCGGCGAACUCGUUUGCCGCCUGGGAGUCGAAGGAUUUAAUUGUGAAGAUUUCGCUGGCCGGCAAUCGCCUGACGGACCGUUCGCUGGGAGAUUCGACCGUGUUCAGGCCGUUCAAGCUGCUGCAGGAACUCUCGCUGGAGACGAACGCCUUGACGCAGAUCCCAUCUGCCGCUCUGGUCAACCAGCGCCUGACCCUCACCAAUCUCAACUUGGGCCUCAACAACAUCAGCAAUGUGCCAGUCGGAGCCCUCGAUUUGCCGAUGCUCACCUCACUCUCCCUGGAAUUCAACGGCAUCACCGUCAUCACCCCGCAAGCUUUCCAGGGUGUGCCCAACCUACAGUACCUCUACGUCACCGGCAACAAGUUCCCGUCGUGGCAACCGGAAAUGUUCCGAUUCGUUCCCUACCUGCGAACUCUGGGCAUUGGCGAGACGCCGAUUUCCGUCAUCCCCAACAACGCCUUCCAGUACAUCCCGAACCUGUUGCGCCUGGAGAUGUCCGAGGCUGCUGUCGACACGAUCGAGCGAGGGGCCUUCCAGCGGACGCCCAAGAUCCAGGCCAUCGUCCUCAACAAGAACCGACUUUCCCAAAUUCGCGCCGACUUCUUCCAAGGGCUCAACGACCUCUACUCGAUCGACGUCGGUGCCAACCGCAUCUCGAACACGGAAAACCUCGCAUUUGCCAACCUGCCAACCAUUCAGCAUCUCGAUAUUAGCUACAACCAACUGCAGACGAUGCCGAACGACGUCUUCCAAAACUCCUUCCUGCCCCAACCCGACGAGCGCCGUGUUAUUUAUGCUUGUGCGAUCAUCAUGACGAUCCUGAUGAUCUCCAUCUGCAUGCUGGCGCUGAUCCGCUACGGCAUCUCGCACAAGCGGAAGAAGCAAAAGGACCAGGAAAUCGAGGAGGACCGAUAUCUCUCCACUGCUGGUUCG